AUGACAUGAGCUGCUGCCUGGACCUGUAGGAACUAGCUGGCGCAGCAGUCACAGCGUUGAGUCAACGUUGCAUCUGCGAGGCUGAGACAGCGGCAUCAUCCUGCUCUGCUGCUGCUGCUGCAGACACAUGAGAUGACAUAGCGACAGGACCAGCUAGUCGCCGACACACCUGGAGCACAUUGGGUCAUUUUUUUCCGCCACUUUCCCCGUGUUUUAUUUCGCUAUUUUCUUAAGCUUGCUAGACGCAGGCCAGUCACCAAUGGUCUCAGCGAGCUGCCCUCACAUAGAUGUCGAUCUAACUUGCUGCAAGCUAGCGUUAGCUCGCUGCUGCUCCCCUUCAGACAUUGAAGUGGCCACAUAAACAUGCGGAUCAUCGAGGCGGAGACCCCUGGGACAUCUCUAACCUUUAACGCUUCCUGCAGGACACGAGUUUCCACUAGCCGCUGACUGGACUCUGCAGAGUGUUUGUAGAGGGGAAAGAGAGACGGAUCUCAAGGACCAGAUUGCCCGCUGAACUUUUUGCCUCUCAGACAGAUCGCCAGGGAUCAUGCUGACCAUUCUAGCUGCUGGGUCUAUGUUCUUUCCAGGCCUUUUUCUGCUGUCCAAACAAUGCCUGAAGUCAAUCCCAGCACUGAGGUGGAGCGAAGGAGAUGCAGUCAUUGUAUCUGCAAGGUUGGUUUCGUCAGUUCAGGCAGUCAUGGCCUCUUCAGCUGGCUACAUCAUUGCUUCUUCCUGCGAGGACAUCCUGGAGGACCAGCAUUGGCUGACUAGCUCUUACAUCAUGUUUGCUGUUCCCUACUUUGUGUAUGACAUCUACGCAAUGUUCAUGUGCUACUGGUAUAAACUCCGGGUCAAAGGGCACGAGGAGGCCUCUGCAGCACCCCAGCACAUGAGCACGGCGCUGUACAGCUACUUGCGUCGCGAGUUCCUCAUGGUGCUGCACCAUGUUGUCAUGGUCACCGUCUGCUUCCCCGUCUCUGUGUUUUGGCGACAAGGAAAGGGAGAUUACUUCCAGGGCAUAAUGUUCAUGGCUGAGCUAAGCACUCCAUCUGUCUGCUUAGGAAAAAUCCUCAUCCAGUACAAACAGCAACACACUCUCCUGCACAAAGUGAAUGGGGCUCUUAUGCUGAUCACUUUUUUCAUCUGUCGAGUCCUCCUCUUCCCUUACCUCUACUACGCCUAUGGAAGGUACGCGUCCAUUCCCUUCCACAUGGUUCCCCUGUCGGUACCCUGGCACUGUAACCUCGGUGCUGCGCUGCUCAUGGCCCCCCAGCUCUAUUGGUUCUCCCUAAUUUGCAGGGGCGCCCUGCGGCUCUUCACAGGCUCGUCCCGCUCUCAGAGACCGCGUCCGACCACAGGCGCAGCAAAGGAGAGGCAGACCGACGGCAACGCACUGCCGCAGCCCGCCAACGGCUACAGCACGCGCUCCUCAGAGCCGGAGCUGGCCACUCACUGAGAGGAGGAGUGAUGGGAGGGGUGGGUGGGGAGGGAUGGAAGGCGAAUGUACCAAUGAGUAUGUAAAGUAAAGAAAGCUGUGAGGGGGGGAAAAGGUGAGUCUUGAAACAAGUAGCAAUAUGAAGAAAGCUACAGACGAUGGCCUCAAAUAGUGCUGAAGUGUUUGCGGCUAGCAUUCAAACUCUUGACAGCAAAAUGAUUUGGUUGCUGGCCUUCAAGCACUUCAGCGUCUCAGUUUGUAGGAAACAAGCAGAGUGUUAGUGCACUCAGUAUUUUAACGAUGUCAUCGGGCACUGUGACAGAUAGAAACAUGCACUGACCUGAGAGGAAUUUGCCUGGAUGUAUAGCAAGCAUAGGUGGCUAUUUCCCUCAUGUAGAUCAAAUUCAGUCCUCUCUGCCUCGCGGUAUAGGAAGAGCAGGAAAAUAGGAAUGUAUUAUAUUGUAUGUUAGUACAUUUGCUGUAGAUGGAAGGCCUAAUUCAGUUUAGUAAUGAAGAAGACCUCCAAAAAAGAAAAAAAUCCCGGCGAAGCAGUAUUUUGACUUGUUAGUGUUUAAUAUCUGUAUCCUCUAUGUAGUCACUGUCACUCUAACAAAAUGUAACCAACCUGCAGACUGACUCAUCUUUAGAAGGGAGAUAAUCUCAUAAGACUGUAUUCUGCUGCCUUAUCCCUUUUCCCCCAUUCUUUGCAGUUUCUUUAGGUUUUUAAUUUAUUUUUGUCCUCGGAGGAGAAGGAAGAGGCUUCUUCAGACAGAAAAAUGUGACGGGUGUACAUAGCAGAUGUAAAAUUGUCCUUAUUUCCAUGUCAGUAUUAGGUCAAUGUUGGUUUAGUUUUUUUUCUUUUUUUUUUUAGGUUUUGUCUCAUUUCUGCAUCAGAUGUUUUUACAGACUUUUUUUUUGACAUUUCAGCAUUAAAACAUUUCACCGUUUUACAGCUUAGUGUACGAAAACUUCCCUCAAACGUUAUGGCAGUGCUUCUCGUUUCAGUGUAGAUAUGACUUCAUUCCAUUUACUGGUAUCACAAAGUGUUUUUGCAUACAAGGAAGUGAUGCACAGUAGCAGUCACUUUUAAGUGUUUUUUUUGUUUUAGUUUGGUGCUGAUAUAAAUCUCAAAAUAUCCAUUUGAUUGGCUGGAGUAUUUCAGUAAGGGAUCCAUAAGAUUUGAGUAUUUAUAGCUUUGUCAGGGGACUCACAAUGUUGCAGUUCGAAGGGAAACAAAAAUCUUGUAGGAAAGCAUUUCCUUGUGAUAGACGUGCGGCACAUUUGUCCAACUUACUUUGAUGUUCCUCAUUCAUUUUUUAACCAUUAUUAAGUCUCUGAAAUGUGUUCAGCCUUUUACAUUGUAUGAAUUGCUUCGAUCAUUUAGCCAUUUAUUUGAUCCACUGGUUCUAUGAACCUCCUAUGAACAAACUGGCUAGUUUUUAUCAUUUUAUGUUUGUUUUAAAGCAGCUUCACUGUCCUAGAAAUGGGUCAAGAAAAUAAAAAUAAAACAAAGCUCAGAAACCAUAACGACAGGGCAGCGUGUGCCAAAACAUCUGGACAACUGUGGGCAUGUUGAACACAGAACAUCCAUUCCCCUCCUGUUCCAUGAACUCAUAAGGUACUGCUUCUUGACAAUACUAAAACAUUUCAACUGAUGUACUGUAUAUUCCACAAAAUGCUCGUUAUUUAUUUGUAAGUAUUUAUUUAUUUAUUUAUCUGGUUUGUGGUUUUUGAAUGCAUAUUUAUGCAUACAUAUUAUACUAUAUGCUUCUGAGCCUUAUGUGAAGGCUGUAUUGUUACUCCAACUUAGCUAAAAUAUACUUCUCUGUCCUGA